UUCCACCUGGUCAUUGCUUCCACUUGGUCAUCAGCGUCACUGUUCAUGGGAUGGAUAAAACCGAAGCAUGGCCUAUUUCCUGCAUCCAUGUGCUAGUCCGAGAUUGACUCUCCACCACGCUCACCAUCAUGGAAGAAUCCAAGGAUAUUGCCGAACCUCCUUUACUCAUCUUGGAAAAACCUGAAUUCGAGGUGGAAAUCACUGGAACACAUGCUGUUGCAACCUCGGUGGACCACGUGGCCGCAUUCAAGCGAUGGAUGAAUAGCUUCCGAUCCAGGAAGGGCUAUCAUCCUCCUGAAAGAUACAUCGAAGGCUGGCCAGAAGAACUCAUAGAAGAUAAGCAGGAUCUCGCCCCUGACCUGUCAUCCCUGCAUGCUAUUCAGGAGGUGCAGGAAAAAGGGUGGGAAUCCUUAUCACGCCAUUCAUCAACUUUGGGAACUGUAAAGACUGCUACUCUAAGCAUUACUAGUCAAAGCGUUGUAAGAUCGCGGGGAACCACACAGAGCACGACAAACCAGAGUAUAAGAUCUGAUGUCCGUGAAUCUUUGGACAGCUUAAGGCCCACAUUGAGCUCCUCCAUCGAUGAGGAGGCCCAGCAUCGGGCCAUCAAGAGGCGCCGUGUUCUCCGAGAACUGAUCACCACUGAAUGUGACUAUGUCUUCGGCCUGAAAGCACUUGCUGAUGCGCUCUUCAUAGUCUCCGUCCGACCGGAAAUAUAUCAUAACAUUCAGCAGAUCCGCGAUACACAUGAGGACUUCCUGGCCCAAAUUCGAAACCUGACGCCAAUCUCGAGCCUUGCAGGGGCCGAGUUCGAUAACUUGAUGCCCCAGGGGCUGCACAAGCGCCUGUGUGCAAUUGACUUUGGACUCCGAGCCCUACAUAACAAGUCUCUUAGAUCACGCAGCUUUAGAGCGUCGGUGGACUCUCGGCUCAAGGUGCUGGCUGCAGAGACCAAAGAGGCUUUGCAAGUUGCGCGAGAAGUGGGAAAACUAUCCGAGUCCUUCACAGCCUACAAAGUAUUUUGUAAGAACUAUAGCUUACUUACAGUGGAUUUCAAUAUUCUCCGCCAAUCCGUACCCAAUUGGCGUAUAUAUGAACAGGGACUCGAGGCGCUAUCGAAGUCUGUUGCAUCAUUGGAAAGACAGACACAAGAGGAAAACAAGGCUAUGUCUUUGAACGAUCUACUUAUCAAGCCGGUCCAGCGUCUGUGCAAAUAUCCCCUGUUGCUUGAGGAGUUACUAAGGUGGACGCAUAUCCAAGACGACCCAUCCGCCCAUGACGGUAUUCGGCAGGUGCUUGAAAGGGUCCGCGCGGUGGUGUGCGAAAUCAAUCAUGGGAUUAACAAUCCUGUCAACAACGCACUGGUCAACAAGACUCUUUCAUUACAGGGGCUCAUGGAUCUUUCUGCAUCGAACACGGUUAGUGAUGCUUACAAACAGCUGGGCCCAUUGACACUCUGCGGUGUUCUUCACAUCACGUACCAGACUUCAGACCAUAUUACCGGAGGCUACAUGGUCUGCAUCCUUUUUCCUUAUCAUCUGUUAAUUGCCAAACCAAGUGAUGACUACCGGAGGCUUCGAGCAGUGGCCUGCCUCUAUAUUUCCGACCUGAAGAUUGAUUCAUUGAGAAACGGGGAAGGACUGCGUUGUUAUGGGUGCCUAUUUUCCUGGAAGUUGACUUUCCAAUACCUCGACGAGAACUUCGAGUUGGUGCUUAGCGCGUCAUCGGCAUGCGAGGAAAAAAAAUGGAAGACCGAGAUACUCAAGUCUGCUGCCGCAUUGACUAAUAUACAGAAGUCUGUGUUGGCGAAACUGAAAGAAUAUUCAUUUUUGUCUCUCGAACUGACACCAUUGGCCUGCGGUAGCAGUCCACUGCCUCCACUGCCUCGUCGGCCUUCUAUGCAAGUACUGGCCGCGUCACGGACCCUGCCAGACUCGCAGAACAUCAUCAUCAAGAAGACGCAUUGCCCACAGAGUCUUCACCUAUCCGGCGCAGUGGACAGUGAACUCGAGCGGCCAAAGAUGUCUUCUUCGUGUCCAGCAUUUGUACUGACCGCCAGAAGACAAGAUCGGAUCCUCCUGGAACGUGCCAUCUCUUCCCUCUACACACGGGAUGCCCUUCCCUACCCUGGCAUGACUUUGGGAACGGGUGACAUUUUUCUUAGUCCCGGGUCCAUUAUGAGACAUUUGAGCCUCCGGCCAGGCUUAUACAGACGCUCUAGCUGUGUGAGUCUAAACACUGGUGGAUUUCCUACUGUUUCUAGUACAGGGAUGAUCCGUGCCGGGGACAAAGGUUGCAAAAAAAUUGUCAAGAGCCAGGACAAGACGCUACGGAGUGUGUCGAAAGGCAAGCCAACAGCAUCUGACCAUGAGAAGGAACCUGCCUUGCUGCGACAUGGCAAGGGAGCAAUAAAACGAUCCAAAACAUGGAAAGCGAAAGGAGCCAAAUGCGAGACUUCCCCGACCGGUAAGGGAAGACAGGCGUCUGGUGAAAGCUGUUCCUCGAAGACAUCCACUAUCCGAAGGAUGUUCAAUUCGAUGUCAUCCAAGAGAUCGAAAAGACAGGGUCGCGUGGGGCUGGGGAGUGGAGCGUCGUGAAGGUGAUGAUGCAACUUGUUCCAGAUUGCCUGCAGAAUUGCAUCAGAUGGAGAGGCACAGAUGCAUGAAAUAUGUUUGGUGUUCUU